GUAAAAGCGCAUCCUUUAAUCUUUAUAGUUCACUUAUGUCUGCUGUAUGUAUUCCCAGAACUUUUACCAUGAGGAUACCAGUAUCUUUUAACGUGAUGCCACAUCGUAUUCAUAUAUCGUUGUUCCUGAGGUUAUCGAGGUGUACGCAUCUCGCCACAACAGCAGCUGUUUUGUACGCGGCCUUUCUUAUGGUAACAGCUGGAGAUAGGUCUCCAUCCACUUCUCGGUCAUACACUUUCCUAUACCUGGCCUCUUUCGCUACACAUUUUGGUACACAAAUAUGGAUGACCUUCAUAUCAGGUAUAGUUUUAUUCUUCAAACUUCCACGCAAAAUAUUUGGUCUCGUACAAAGGCAUCUUUUCCCCAAAUACUUCCUAUUGAAUUCUGUUCUUGGAUUCCUCACUCUGUGGAUUUUUAUCUUCCAGAAUCCAGAAUCCGUUUUACAGAGAUGGGCUUUGGCAGUAUGCUUCCUGUGUGACCUGUCGGGCAUGGUAUACAUAGUUCCAGACAUGAUCCAAACCAUGAUGGAGAGAGGAAAGAUGGAGGAGGAAGCAGGUGUCGGCCAAGACGUUGUUGGACGAUUUAAACCCUGCGAUAAACUACGAGCGUGCCCUAAAUACAGCAAUUUACAUACUCGAUUCAGGAGGUUCCAUGGAGCUUGUGCGAUUGUCAACAUGCUUGCAAUGGCAUGCAAUGCCAUUCACAUGCAUCACCUGGCCUGUAAACUGAUAGACCGGUGACCUUAAAGCUUGUAGAAGACUGAACUAUUUACCCGGCUAUAGAAAGUACGCCUGGCCCCAAAAACUGCCAGGUAAUUACAAGCGGAAGCUAUUUGCCGAAGCUUUAUUUAUUAUGGACUUCAGGGAUGACAAAGCGUUUAUCCUUUGUCUGAAAAACAUCCCGGUGUGCCUUGAAGGGAUGCAUCCGUUGCUCAUAAGGACAAUCAUCAUUCAUCCGCGUAUUUAUUGCUCUCAUCCUUUAUUUCAUGUAUUUAUUUUCUCAUCAGCAGAUCACGUGCCUCGGAACAAACGCUUCCCAAGUAUUUGUGAUAUUUUGAGGUCAUGCAGCUCGCGAAAUGCUACUUUUUUAAUCCAAAGCAAUGGAUUUUUUUAAAUGAAUAAAUAAAAUAUUUUCAUAUAAUAUUUUGUAUAGUAAUAUUUGUAUUUUUAUUACUGAAUUCUGAAACAUGAUGUUUUAAAUUUAUGACGCUGGGGUGUAUUUCAUAUCCGAAUUUGCACUGUACACUAAAAAGCUUCUACAAGAAUGUAUUUUGUAGAGCUUAAGUUUGAUAUUUUGAUGUUCCUCGUUCUGUACAUAUGAUGCAGCAUAUUUUCGUGGAUUGAAAUACACAGUAGCGAGCUAAUACAUGUAUAAUUGGCUAUUUAUAAACUUUUAAAUGUUACAUUAUGGAUGAAAUUCUUAAUCGAUGUCUUAAAAAAUGUAAUUGAGUUGAUGAAAUUUUAUAACUAAAAUGCUCACAGAUGAAAGUUAUUUUAAUUAAAAAUUAUUAUUGUUCUUA